AUGCCUCCUGGGCGCAAACGCCGUGCUGAACCCCAGGAACCUGCGCAAUCAGCAAGCGAUCGCGGAAUGUCACAGCCACCUCCACGACGACGGCGACAGUCUCACGACAAUGACUCGGCGCAAUCCGACGUGAGUGCUGACGACGCAUACCAUGCACCCAGCAGUGUGGAUGUGAUGGUGAAGAAAAUGGUGCGCCUGGCGCUGUCCAGUGAAUACGCGCGAUUGCCGAUUCGGAGAACAGAAAUCAGUGCAAAAGUGCUCGGCGAGCAGGGCUCAAGACAGUUCAAGUUGGUCUUUGACGAGGCACAAAAGAUUUUAAGAAGCCGGUUUGGCAUGCAGAUGGUAGAGUUGCCGGCGAGGGAAAAGGUUACAAUCACCCAGCGAAGAGCGGCGCAACGCAUUGAAAAACCAUCCACAGCUACCAAGUCUUGGAUAGUGAUGAGCACACUCCCGUCGGCGUUCCGUACACCAGAAAUACUACCUCCUUCAAAAGCCCCGACAUCAUUUACCGAAAGUACCUAUACAGCGCUCUAUACAUUCAUUAUUUCUAUAAUCACUCUAUCCGGCGGCUCAGUACUGGAACAAAAGUUGGAUAGAUAUUUAAUGAGAACCAACAUCGAACAAUAUACACCCGUCGACCGCACCGACCGUCUGUUACAGCGACUCUGCAAGGAAGGCUAUUUAAUCCGAAAUAAGGAAAUGGACGGCGGAGAAGAGGUCAUUGAGUAUAUGGUCGGUCCCAGGGGGAAGAUCGAGGUCGGCGAAAGCGGAGUUUCAGGCCUAGUCAGAAAGGUGUAUGGGCGGGAUGCAUCAUCAACAAACAUAGCCGAAGAAAGUGGAAGUGACGAUUUCGAAGCGAGAUUGGCUCGCAGCGUCGGCUCUAGACGUACGUUAACGCAAGCUGUGGAGGCGACCGAUGAUGUUGCGGAAAAUGAGGGAAGGAAUGAUCAAAGCAGCAGGCAGGGCCGAUGGGGCACUCGACAUCGAGGGGGAGAUGACGAUGAUGAAGAUUAUCGAAGAUAA